CGCAAACGUAAUUAAAGUUAAACAACAAUGAAAGCCCCAAUUGAGUUAAGUGGCAGAGUAUGAAAGUGUAUUGUGUAUAUAGGUGAGAAUUUGUUUUUAGGUGUACCUUGGAUCAUUACAACGACUGAUGAGUUAGUCGUUGUUUGCAAAUUUUGAAUCUGUACUUGUGAAUUGUGAUAGUGCUAACCUUACGUUUUAAACUUGAGCUCUCUUAUACCCUUCUGUAGUAAUGAUCAUUAUCAGGAGAGCUGCAAAAGCCAAUUCCAAGCGUCUUCCCUUCGAGCCUUAGACUAUUGCUUAUAGAGGCGGAAUUAGGAGUUUGAAAUUUUACUACUUUUUAGUUAUUAUAUUUUAAAUUAAAUGUAUACUAUUCAAUGAAUUUCAAAGACAAAUAUUUGGACCUAUAGACUGGUGUGUUGGAAGGUCAGAAGGACAAGUAUUAUAAGCUUUAAAUGGAAUUCGCCAACUCAAACAGCUUUUAACAUUUAUCUAGUUAAGCUGUUUGAUCAUCUUUUGGUUAGAUCAAUUAGAAAAGAGAGUUUAAAUGCAUACUCGUUUUUUUGUUUGUUGUCAAAGUAUAAAUGGACACUAUUGAAUGAAAUAAUCCAAAAGGGCCUUCUAAGAUACCAGUUACAAGUCAAAUAAAAGACUUUCAAUCUCUAGAAGAAAUUUUUAUAUGUACCGUAUCAGACAGAAUAUCUUCAAAAUGUUAUAUCCCGUGGUACAAAUAUUAUAUUUUCAUAGUUUGAACUUUGAACUGCAAACAAUUAAAAUCAAAUUUAACACGUUGGGAGAACAAAAAGUACACUUCGUUCUCAUGUUUUACACGAAUAUCCUAAAUCCGUCAUAGGAUUUGGUUCCUCUAAACACACGCGUACUUCCCACGUGUCGAAAUUCCUUUCCCGCGUUGACGUGUCCCCUCUUCAUUUGUCUUAUGACAACUUCCUUUCUCCUCUUCUUUUCUUGAAUUUAUAUAUAUUUUCUCGUUUCCUUCCUCUGUUUCAUUCCUUGCUAAGGAAACUAUCUUUCUUCUCAUUAUAUAUAUAUAUAUAUAUACAUAGCAAUAUAUUUUUCUGUCUUGAACAAAGUCUUAAAUUUCAAUAGUGGUGAAGAUGGUGAAAAUUAAAAAGUUUCAGGUGAAAAUUAGGACGUUGAAACUAGAAGUAGGAGUUGAUGAUAAUAUUGAAGCAUUUGAUGGGCUGAAGAUGAUGGCAAUUAAGAUGAAAUGGAAAGGUGAACCCAAGUUUGGAUUAGUUCCAUUUCAUUAUAAGCAGAAGAAAGAUGUUACAAGUCGGAGAAUCGUGAAGAAAUUAGGACCAGCUAAUAAUUCCAUUGAAUGGAAUAAUGAUGGAGAUGAGUUUGAGAAUGUUUGUUGUUUUACAGAGGUUUCUGGUUGUUAUCAAAGUCUAAAGUAUUCGCCUUGGGAUGUCUCAUUUAAUGUUUUGUACUCAAAUAAUUUGGAGGCAAAAAUGGUGGUGAUUGGAAAAAUGGUGGUUAAUGUGGCAGAAAUGGCUUCAAAAAUGGUGUCUGAAGUUGAAGAGAAGCUUCCCAUUACUUUGAAUAUUGGUAGAGUUUCUAUAUCAGCCACUCUCCAUGUCAAAAUAAAAUUUGCUGAGAUAAGAGAUGUUCAAGACUCGGCGGGUUGUGCCCGUGACUCAAACGAGUCAAGUCAGCUGCAAAGUUUAGCUAAGAGUAAAAGUCUGUGUGACAGAAAAGCACAGAAGGAGAACCAGCUGAGUGAAGAAGAGUCAUCCACAUUUGAAGCAGUGGAACCAAAGACGAUUGAGUCGGGAUCGAUGCCGAGUUUAGAAACUCAGGCUGACUCAGUCAACAAAGUUGGGUGGUUCUCUUGGAAGAGAAGGAGAUUGAGUCUUAAACCAACGAGGAGUAAAGCAGAACCGUUGAUUAAAAAAAGUCGUAGCUUUAGUGUUGUGUCGCGAUUCAGCCAACAGAAAGUAGAGAAGCCUGAGCCUUCUACUGAAUCAAGGGACAAAAAUGAAGGCAGCAGCACAACAUCUGCUUGGGAAGUGAAGGAGUUACAAAGUAGGGAUGGACAAACAAGGCUCAAAACCAAUGUCUUCUUUGCAUCUUUUGACCAGUGUAGCGACAAGGCUGCUGGUGAGAGCGCCUGUACAGCACUAGUCGCUGUGAUCUCCCAUUGGCUGCAGUCGAAUAGAGAUGCAAUGCCCACGAGGUCAGAAUUCGAUAAUCUCAUACUACAUGGUUCCUCAGAAUGGAGAAAGUUAUGCCAAAGUGAUACUUACAUCAAUGUUUUCCCAAACAAGCACUUUGAUUUGGAGACUAUCUUGCGUGCUGGUAUUCGACCUAUAGCCAUAUCGCAUGAUCAAUCCUUCGUUGGAUUCUUUAGUCCCGAGAAAUUUGAAUCAUUGCAAGGGGUAAUGUCAUUCGAUCAAAUAUGGGACAAGAUUAGCAGCAUUGCAGAAGACACUGCAUUUGAACCUAGAGUAUAUAUUAUAAGUUGGAACGAUCAUUUCUUCGUGUUGAAGGUGGAAGCUAACGCUUAUUACAUUAUUGAUACAUUGGGAGAAAGGCUAUUUGAGGGUUGCAAUAAAGCAUACAUUUUAAAGUUUGACGACAACAGUACAAUGUAUGAGAAGGUUAACGCGGAGGAGAAGACACAGAAAAAUGAUACUAAGGCUAAGGAAGAAAUAAUAUGUGAUGGGAAAGAAUGCUGCAGAGAAUUCAUCAACAGAUUUCUCGCGGCUAUCCCUCUAAAGGAACUCGAGGAGCAAGAGAAAAAGGAGACAGUUUCUUAUUUCUCUCUACAUCAUCGGUUGCAGAUAGAGUUCAAUUCGAGUUACUUGCUAUCUUCUUCUUCGUCGUCUUUAACAUCAUCCCCUUUCUCUUCUUCUGCUACUUCUACACCUUCCUAUUUGUAAGAUGCAUAGUAUUUAAUUUGCCUGGUGUGUAUCAGAGUACUGCUAAUGUGAAUGCAUUAUCAUAUAGCAAGCACAAUUAGAUUGUCUCUGUUUUCA